AUGGUACACAUAGGGUUCAGAAGCUUGAAAGCGGUGUUCAUUUUGGCCCUUUCGUCAUUGAUUCUGUACGGGAUUGUCACGACCUUUGACGGGAGUAGGGCAAGCCGUUAUCAACCACCUUACGUGAACCACUCACAGGAUCCACUUUAUCAUUCUGGGAAUAGCUACAACAGAGAAAACGCCACUUUUGUCACUCUCUGUAGAAAUGAAGACCUUUACUCAAUCAUCCAAUCAAUAAAGAAAGUAGAGGACAGAUUCAAUAACAAAUUUGCUUAUGACUGGGUGUUUUUGAAUGAAGUUCCUUUCACCGAUGAGUUCAAGGAGAGAACGAGCGUGUUAAUCAGUGGUCAAGCAAAGUACGGAUUGAUCCCCAAAGAGCAUUGGUCGUAUCCUGAUUACAUUGAUCAAGAAAGAGCUGCAGAGUCAAGAAGGCAGUUAGAAGACCAGCACGUAGUAUAUGGAGGUCUGGAAAGCUACAGACACAUGUGUCGAUUCAACUCUGGAUUCUUCUACAAACACCCGCUGAUGCUGGACUAUCGAUAUUACUGGAGAGUGGAGCCUGAAAUCGAAAUUUUAUGUGACGUUGAGACAGACUUGUUCAGAUACAUGCGAGAAAACAAUAAGACGUAUGGCUUCACUAUAUCAAUCCAUGAGUUUGAGAAGACUAUCCCCACACUUUGGGAGACUACUAAAGAGUUCAUGAAACAAAAUCCCAGCUACAUUGCUGAAAACAACCUGAUGAAUUUUAUCUCCGAUGAUAACGGUAAGACUUAUAACUUGUGCCAUUUCUGGUCGAAUUUUGAAGUGGCAGACAUGGAUUUUUGGAGAUCUGACGUUUACGAGAAGUAUUUCAAAUUUUUGGACGAUACCGGGAAAUUUUUCUAUGAAAGAUGGGGAGAUGCUCCUGUUCAUUCCCUUGCUGUCUCGCUAUUUCUACCGAAAGAAAAAGUCCAUUUUUUCAAUGAAGUGGGCUACAAACAUAGUGUUUACUCCAUGUGUCCAAUUGACAAAGACAUAUGGAAGAACCGUAAAUGCUACUGUGAUCCCAACACGGAUUUCACUUUUAGGGGAUAUUCAUGUGGAAGACAAUACUACAAAGCUACUGGUCUGACCAGACCUUCAAACUGGAAAGAUUAUGACUAA